UGGAUGCGAGGUGAAACGUCUUUAAAAAAAACCUUCAUUCCAGUUGCCCUCGAUGUACUGUAACUAUUUUUGGAUUAGAUGACCUGGAUAGCACAUAUUUAGGAGGGGGGAGCGUUGCAAUUAUAAGGACAAACGAAUUUUAAGUUUUCUCCGACUAUCCGUAAAUGCCUCAUUUGGAUGACGAAGGUAAUCGUCACCACGGAAGCUUCCUGUCUAUCUACAUUCUAAAGAUGGACUCUUCCAAUUCAAACCUUUCCUGUGCCAUAUGCUUGGAGCGUUUCCGUAUCCCAGUCACGAUUCCCUGUGGACACACCUUCUGUCAAAAGUGUAUCACCAGACACUGGGACACUAAGAGUAAAGACGACAUCGGACCUCAAUGUCCCAUCUGCAAUGAGAAGUUUGAGACCAGGCCAGUUCUCAAAUGUAACGUCUCCCUAUCUGUCCUGGCCGAGGCCACCAACAGCAAAACCUACAGGGAGUCGCUCACCAGGGGAGUGGAAGGAACGAGAGCCAUUCAGCUGUGUGAUCGACACAAAAAGCCUCUGGUGUAUUACUGCAGACAAGACAGGAUGUCCGUGUGCUGCGAGUGUGGCAUCUCCGAGUGUGAGGCCCAUGAAAAGGUGCUGCUGGAGGCAGAGAGGGAAAACCAGGAGCUGCUGUUGGUAAGAAAAAGUAAAGAGGUGGAGAAAUUCAUCGGAAACACACAGAAAAGUAUUAAUGACCUGGCUGAGAAUAUCUGUCAAGCAAAGGUUACUCUGCAGCAGACUUCAGCCCGUGUCAGUAUCAAGUUCUCCACCCUGAUGAAGAUCCUGGCUGAGAAGCAGGAAGCUACAGAGUUGUUCAUCAGCGAGCAGAUAGAAGAGGCCGUCACUGAGGCUGAGGCUCGUCUGACUGAGCUCCAGGACCAGGCCCAGAGGCUCAGAGAGAGUCAGGACCAGAUUAGAGCUCUGCACAAACUCCCUGAUGACGAGCUCAUCAAGGAAUCAAUUCUCAUUAAAGUCCCACGUCUGAAGGAGCUUCCCACAGAUGUGUCACCAGACCUUCAGGAUCGGUUGAACGGGGUCACCGAUGUCCUGUCCCGUGUCUCCAAGCUGGUCUCAGAGGACCUGGAGAAGGCUGUCAGCACAGCUCUGAGUCAGGACAGAGACGGGUCUCCUCAAGAUAAGAAACCAAUCGGAGCCGUGGUUCCCAGUCCAGCUGCUCCCUGUCACCCUGGUGGUAUAGAGGGACUCGCUGCUUAUCGGUGCUCUCUGACCUUUGACCCCCGCACAGCCAACGGGCACCUGUUUCUGUCUCAAGAGAACCGUCGGGCGGAGCACCUAAGCUCUGGGCCCCGGCCCGUCCUGGCUCAUGAAGCCCGGUUCGACCACACUUGGCAGGUUCUUUGCUUCCAGGGUUUCACCCACGGGCAGCACUACUGGGAGCUGGAGGUGUCCAAACCCUGGGCCUACCUGGGGGUGACCUACGACGCCAUCCCCAGGAAGGAGAAAGGCAAACGCUGCAUGGUGGGUAUGAACGAACUAUCCUGGAGCCUGCAGCUGGACCAGCACCAGCUCAGCGCCUGGCACAAUGGCCGGAGAGAGACACUGACGGGUCACUCCCAGCACCGGCGCAUUGGAAUGCUGCUGGACUAUGAGGCGGGGACGCUCACCUACUAUGGAGACGGACAGAACAGACUCCAUGCUUUCCACUGUGCCUUCAACCAGGAGCUGUUCCCUGCCUGCUGGAUAGGUGAGGGGGUCAGCAUCACCCUGUGCUCCGGGUGAGCCGAGGGGUGAGGAAACACUAUUGAGAAAAGCACAGAUGGAGUCUGGAAGACAUUUGAUAAUGACAUUUUAACUUAAUUUUUUUUUUAUUAUUAUUAUUUUCUGUUUCCGUUACCUUUGAAUCUAAACAAGUGACUCUGGUGAAACAUCUCCUCUAAACCUUCAAAUCUCAGCUCCAAACAGGAACUAAAGUUUUUCCACUGAAGCUUGUAUGCAGACUUGGGAUAGUCAAAUCAUACUGUAUAUCAUGUCCAAGCACAAUGAUGAUAUAAAGCUCAGCUGCCCAUGAACUACAGUAGGAGUGAAGAGAAGCAGAUACUAGUUUGGAAAAUUGUUUUCUAUAUAAAGAGUUUUUUUAGUCAAUAGAGGGAGCUAUGCACUCGACAAUACUGAUUUAAUUGGUUUGAUCUGAUAGGCUCACUAUUUGAAGAGAACAUUGCUGGUACCAACCCUGAGCAAUCAGACUAAAACCCAGACCAGGAGAGAAUGUUACUGCUGUUGAAUGGGGAAACUACCUUUCUUUGAUGGCCAGACUUGAAAUGGGUGAUUUUAAUGGAAUCUGCUGUACUUUUUUACACACCGUUUUCUAUGUUUACUGAAAAAGAGCCAAAUUCUAAGUGUUUGUGAAACUGCUGCAGGUUUUGCACCAGUUUUUGAAGAUAAAAACAGACGAGGACUACUGACUGCAAGAGCAGCACACUAAACAGAACUCCUACUCUGACCUGGACCCUGGAGCAGGUUAUGUCAACACUGUUGAAUCUUUUUUUCUCAUAAAGAUUCUAUGUAAAAAAUGAA